AUGCGGGUGCACCUGGGCAUGCUGGCGGGCGCGGCGGCGCUGACCGGGGCGCUCAGCUUUGUGCUCCUGGCGGCCGCCAUCGGCACGGACUUCUGGUACAUCAUUGACACCGAGCGGCUGGAGCGGGGCGGCCCGGGGGCGCGGGGCCGGGCGGGGGCCGCCAACCGCAGCGAGCUCGAACCUCUGAGCUCGCACUCUGGCCUCUGGCGCACCUGCCGGGUCCAGAGCCCGUGCGUGCCGCUGAUGAACCCCUUCUGGCAGGAGAAUGUGACCGUCAGCGACUCAAGCCGACAACUUCUCACCAUGCAUGGGACAUUUGUGAUUCUGCUGCCGCUCAGCCUGAUCCUGAUGGUGUUUGGGGGGAUGACGGGGUUUCUGAGCUUCCUCCUCCGAGUCUCCAUCCUCCUCCUGCUCACAGGGACCCUCUUCCUCUUUGGAGCCUUGCUGACCCUGGCUGGAAUCAGUGUCUACAUCGUGUACUCGGCGGCCGCCUUCCGGGAGGCGCAGUGUCUCCUGGAGGAGAAGGCCCUCCUGGACCAGGUGGAUAUCCGCUUCGGCUGGUCCCUGGCCCUGGGCUGGAUGAGCUUCAUCGCCGAGCUGCUCACCGGGGCAGCCUUUAUGGGGGCGGCCCGCGUGCUCAGCCUGAGACAGAGGCAGGACCAGGCCAUAUGAGCCCGAUGCCUGGUCUGGUGGGAGGCAGGGCCCUGGCCUCAAAGGCCACUGCUACGUGCUGAGCUCCGGGCCUGGCUGUCAUGUCCGUGCCUGGUGUGGUGUGUCUGUGUGUUCGUGCACGUGUGUGUCCGUACGGGCUGGAGGAGGCCUUGGGAAUGCAGAACCCACCUCACCUGAAACCACAAAAUAGCCCCUUGAUCAUAACCAGAACUUUCCAGAUUGCAGCCCCUGUGGGCCUCCUCUGGCUUCAUUGCAGCAUUCACCCCCACUCAUUGCAUCAGCUCCCCUUCUUUGCUAAGGAAUGGAAGAUCAGAGAGGUUAGGUAAGCUGCACAAAAGCGCACAGCGAGCUGGUGGUCUAUUCCUUGCUCCAAGAACAGUGCUCAGUCCCUUACCACAGUUUUCCUGAGUAGGUUCAAUGGACUGGCUGCAGCUUGAUUGCUGUGUGUGGGGGGGUGCUGCACCCCAGACUCUGGGCCUCAGGCCUCAGAAGACCUGGAGCCCCCGCCUAGGGCGCAGUGUGAAACGGGGUGGCGAGAGCAGAAAUCUGGGCUUCUCACCAACCGGGCGGUGCAAAUGUCCCCCUCCCCCCACCUCAGCGAGGUGCAUGCUCGUCCCGUCCACAGUCCCGGAGCUCGACAGGCCGGGCUGACUUGGAGCGAUGAUUCUCAGUGACCAGGGACUCAGUGCUGCAACAUAAAGUAGUCAUCCUGGACAUGGAAGCCCCUCCUAGCUUUCUGGUGGUCG